GAAAACCUCAACACAUUGUCACACACAUCUCUACGAUAUUCCAGCCAAACGCUGCCGAGACCCAGUUUCCCUGAGUACUUGAUCAACCAUGAACAAGAAACAGCCCAUAUUUCUGACCGCCAACCAAAUCAUACGACUAUACCGCACUCGCAUCAUCGCGUCCAUGCCCUCACAGCAUGCCCUUCUCGAGUCGGCCGUCGCGUCUCCCAUCAACCAGCAUCACUACACCCGCACAGACGAUGUAUUCUAUCUAGCCGCGGUACUGGCGCAAAAGGUCAUGCUCAAUCAUUCCUUCUCAGACGGCAACAAACGCACAAGUGUCGCCGCGGCCGACAUGUUCCUCAGGCUGAACGGCUACUAUUUGACAGCAGGGGGCGAUGGAAUUGACCUUCCAAAGGACGGCUGCAGAGGAGGCAGAUUUACUCAGGGCAGUCAUCCUCGGUCGUCCCUGGCAGAUGCGCACGUUGCCGUGGCGAGCGGACAAUGGAGCGAGGACGAGCUUGCGAGGUUUUUCAAGGAGGUUGCGCAGCCCCUGAAAUGAAGACACAUGCACAGAACGGGACUCGGGUGAUCUUGAGCCAAGCAUCACGAAGCCUGCUGCUGCUACUCAGAGCCGAGAUGCUUGGAUCUGGUUGCUUUUGGGCAACCGGCCAUUCCCAGACACUGCCAGAUUCAAAAGGUCUGGAAUGGGCUCGCUUCGUAAAGUAUUUGUGUGCGGGAAGAUUCCAGGGCACCAAGGGCCCAUAAUGAUUCCUGAGGAGGAUUUCCACGUUUGUUACCACGUCGUUGUUGGGCGUUGGACGAAGAGACAAGAACAAGACGAGAAGAGGCAAACAGAGAGCCGGAUGAUGCUCAGACUGCCAAGGUACAUCGUCAAGUUACAAUGAGCCCGUCCAUCCAGCUACGAGUGCUGGCCCAGAGUUUCGCCAAAGCACCACUCGUGCGGCCAGCACUGAGCGAAACCAAC